AUGUUCAAAAAGAAACCGACUAUCAAGCCCCUCUCCCCCCUCAAGUCCAGCGACCGCCGCAGGACUGCCGACCAGAUCAUCGCCGACUUUGGCAUAGAGAUCCCCGUAGAUGCCGACGCGAACCCGGACGAUAAGGCAGCUUCGUCAACCGCCGGCCUCACAGCACUGCGCAAGUCGCUGCUCCCAGAGAAUGCCCUGUCCGCGCGCUUCACCACCACCGCGGGGCCAGACCUCAAGCAGGUGUCGGGGACGAUAUACGUAGGCAGCCAUGAGGGCACCAGCGGGGAGCAGAGAGUAUUGUGGGCGAAGGUUGGUGACAAGAUGUACCCAACCGUCUAUACUCUCUGGCACAACCCACGGAUAGUCCCAUUGCUAUACACGCCGCUCGUCGUGGUCGAGAAGAUGCAGGGUGGCGCCGACCUGAUGACGCCUGGCCUACAACGAGGUCCGCCUUUCCCCAAGAAAGCGACAAAAGGCGCAAUCGUUGCCAUUGCAAGCCUCGAGGCACCGACAGUACCCAUGGCGGUUGGCGAGUGCGUCAUCGAUGUAAGCGCGUUGGGCAAAGUCCAGGGCACCAAGGGUAUGGCUGUGUCGACGUUCCACUGGGCAGGCGACGAACUAUGGUCUUGGAGCUCGACAGGCAAGGCAGGCACUGAGCCUCCUGAUAUCCUCCAGGGCUGGGAUGACGACAAUGCCGAAGAGGCGAGUCUCGCUGAUCGCACGGCAGCCGUCGAUCUAGACGACGACGAAGGCGGUAUCACUCUCGAUGCCACCCCGACCCAACGGUCAGAGGCGGAGAAAGCACAGGGCGUACAAGGCGAAGAUGCGCCAUCCAAUAACGACUUCAUCGAUGUCCUUGAAGAUAAAGAGCUUACAACCAAGGAAAUUGACGAAGCUUUCAAGAAUGCCUUCUUGUACGGUGUCCGCUACCACAUGGACCACAACAAGGGCCACCCCUCCUACGGCCUCGACUUCCCGAUCUCGCAAACCAAUGUCAUGUCUACGCUCGUCCUACCCUUCCUUCCCACCUACACCCCCGCGCGAACCGCCUCACUACAAAUCAAAAAGACAAGUUGGAAGAACCUGAGAAAGUUCGUCCGGUAUCUGGACAAGCAACAGAUUCUCAAGUGCAAAGACCGCGAUGGCAACGAGGUCGUAGUUCUUGACAUCGACUUCAAGGACCGCCAGAUCGAAUCGUUCGUUCCCUACCGGCUACCGAAGAAAGAUGCGCCAACCGCAGCGAGCGUCAACGGGAAGCCAGCCGCGCCUCUCUCCGCCGAGUCGUCCGUGGGCCAAAAGCUCAAGCUCGUCUCCGUACUCCGACCCAAAGAGAAACUCGCACCCAUCCUCAGCGCCUCCAAAGCCGACCCCCGCGGCCUCUACACCCCAUCAGAGCUAAAACAACUCCUCAUUGCCUACAUAGAAGCCGAGAACCUAAUCGAUUCCAAGAACAAGCGCCUCAUCCGCAUAAACCCGCAGCUCGCGGAUGCCCUCCUAGGUUCCUCGGCCGCCGACAACGCCGCCCUCUCCUCGGGCGCCAUGCCGCGCGAUGCCCUAGCCGAGCGCAUGGUCGCCGCCUCUUCCCCUUUCCACGCCAUUAUCCGCAACGACGCCGACAUCUCUGACGCGAAGCCCAAAGCCGGUGCGCCGCCCAAAAUACAAAUCACGCUCGAGACGCGCAGCGGCAACAAGACUGUGACGAAAGUGCAUGGACUGGAGCCGUAUUAUAUUUCGCCGCAGCCGCUUGCUGAUGAGCUGAGAAAGACGUGUGCGGGUAGCACGAGUGUGGAUAAGCUGCAGGGGUCUAGUCCCAAAGCACCGGUUAUGGAGGUCAUGGUGCAGGGGCCACAGAAGGAUGCUAUUAUGAAGGCGUUGGAGAAGAGGGGCGUGCAAAGGAAUUGGGUCGACAUUGUGGAUAAGACGAAGGGGAAGAAGAAGUAG